ACGGACUAUCCUGCCCCCGGAACCCCGAGUAAAAAUGCGGGUGGGAGAUUCAGACAUAGACUUUUUAAUAGACUCUGGAGCUGCACGAACUGCUGUAAACCAACCCCUGCAGCUGCCUGUGGCAGAUUCCCUCACUGUGGUGGGUGCCACAGGGAAAGGAACCAAGUGCCCAGUAUAUGCUCCAGCGGAAUGUGCUUUGGGAAACAGAACUCUAUCUCACAAACUGGUUUAUCUCCCCGAUUGUCCAACGCCUCUAUUAGGACGGGACCUGCUUUGUCGCUUAGGUGCCACCCUGCAUUUCACCCAAGAUGAAAUAACCCUCACUUUACCUCCAGAGAAUGCCUGGAUAAUGACUCUUGCAACUGAGCCCUCAGCCAUGCAAGCCCCAGAGUGGAGCCAGUGGGAAAAGCAGGUUUUUCCUUUGGUAUGGGCAUCAGGGAUUCCAGGGAAGGCAACCCGUCAGACCCCUGUUCAUAUUCAGCUUCUCCCAGGAAAAAGCCCAGUGCGAAUCAAACAGUAUCCAAUUAAGAGGGAAGCCAGAGAGGGACUGCAAGAGACUAUAGAUCGGUUCCUAGAGUGCGGUGUACUACGAGAAUGCCAGUCAGCUUGGAACACCCCCAUUCUGCCCGUGCGAAAGCCCAAUGGCACAUACCGGCUAGUUCAGGACCUGAGGGCAGUUAAUGAGCGGGUUAAAACUCUGCACCCCCUUGUUCCAAACCCGUAUACACUGUUGGCCUCUAUAGGGGGGCAGUACACCCAUUUUUCUGUCCUGGAUUUGAAGGAUGCUUUCUUCACGAUUCCGGUUGACACCCAGUCUCAGGAGAUUUUCUCCUUCGAGUGGGAGGACAACAGAAGGGUUAAAAAGCAGCUCUGUUGGACAGUGCUGGCCCAGGGAUUUAAAAAUUCCCCCACUCUGUUCGGCCAGGCUUUGGCCAGAGACUUGGAGGAGUGGGACAAUGAAGACAGGGUCCUCCUCCUGCAAUAUGUGGAUGACUUGUUGAUUGCUGCUGUGGGUCUAAUCCCUUGCCUUAAAGCCACUGUGAGCCUCCUGAACUUUGUUGGACUCAGAGGAUACAGGGUAGCUAAAAGCAAGGCUCAGAUUGCUCUCUCAGAAGUACGGUAUUUAGGAUUUUACAUCAGGCAGGGGGAACGUCAGCUUUCAAGUGAAAGAAAGGAAGCUAUCUGUCAAAUUCCUAUUCCAAGCAAUCGUAAACAACUCAGGGCGUUUCUGGGGAUGGCAGGCUUCUGCAGAAUAUGGAUCCCAGAGUUUGGACUGUGGGCUAAACCCUUGUAUGAAUGUGUUAAGGGAGUGGAUCAUGACCCCUUUCACUGGUCCCCAGAAGCGGACAGGGCAUUUAAAAUCUUAAAAAGGAAACUGAUGGAAGCCCCAGCCCUGGGUCUGCCGGACCUAGCUAAGCCAUUCCAACUGUAUGUGCAUGAACGGAGAGGGGUGGCUCUGGGAGUGCUUACUCAGUUACUAGGCACCUGGAAACGUCCCGUGGCAUAUUUCUCUAAACAACUGGAUCAAGUUGCAAAGGGGUGGCCAGCAUGCUUGCGGGCAGUCGCAGCAACUGCCCUAGUGCUUGGGGAAGCUGAAAAAUUGACACUGGGAGGAGCUGUGCAAGUGUAUACUCCCCAUAUGGUUCAAGCCCUGCUGGAUACUAAGGGUGGUCUCUGGCUUACACAGGCUCGGGUUGCUCGGUAUCAGGCAAAACUUGUAGAAAAUCCUGAAGUUACCCUACAGACCUGCCCCUCCCUUAACCCAGCCACCCUGUUACCGGAGACAGAGGAGCAGGAACAUGACUGUUUGGAAAUCAUAGAUGUCCAAUACUCCAGCCGCCCAGACUUAAAAGAUCAACCCCUCCCUAAUGCUGAUUCUGAGUGGUAUACUGACGGCAGUAGCACAGUUGUAAACGGACAAAGGAGGGCAGGCUAUGCUAUUGUAUCGCUCCAUGAAACCGUGGAAGCAGAGAGUUUACCUGCUGGGACAUCAGCCCAGCUGGCUGAAUUGGUAGCCUUAACCCGUGCACUUGAACUGUCAAAAGGAAAAAGAGUUAACAUUUUUACUGAUUCCAGAUAUGCCUUUGGAGUACUACACGCUCAUGCCGGUCUGUGGAAGCAAAGAGGAAUGCUGACAGCCCAAGGUUCUCCAGUCAAACAUGGGCCUCAAAUUCUCCGGCUCUUAGAAGCGGUGCAGCUCCCCUCAGAGGUAGCAGUGAUACACUGCAAGGCUCAUCAAAGAGAAGAUCAAGAUGUGGCUAAGGGUAAUGCCAGGGCGGACAGAGAGGCCAAGCGAGCUGCUACCCUGGAACCCCAGGAAGCUGAAGAUGCCCAUAUGCAUGCCCUCAUCCCAUCAGUGGGGGAGCUCCCGACCCCUCAGUACUCUCACGAAGAAAGGAACCUGGCCAACACACUUGGGCUCCAGGAAAAGGAGGGAUGGCUCCACUCCACGGAAGGAAAAAUCCUCCUACCAAGGAAUCUACUACGGCCAGUACUACAGAAACUACAUCAGUCUACCCACGCAGGCAGGGAGGCUCUUUCCCAGCUUAUGAAUAAAUAUUUUCUAACCUCUGGACUUAGGCCUCUGGCCUCCCAGGUGCAGGCUGAAUGUCUAGUCUGCCAAAAGAACAACCCUCGACCAGGAGUGUCAGUGCCACCAGCCACUCUGGAGCCUACCCCAGGCCCAGGACUAGUAUGGCAAAUAGACUUUACUGAGUUCCCCCGGACCCAAGGAUACAGAUACCUUCUCGUCUUAGUGGAUCGAUUCAGCGGAUGGCCUGAAGCCUUCCCAUGUCGUAACAACACUGCCAAAACGGUGGCUCUUAAGUUUGUUAAGGAGAUCAUUCCUCGCUUCGGACUUCCCAGGUGGAUGGAAUCUGACAAUGGAACACACUUCACAUCUCAAGUUGUUCAGAAAAUAUCAGAUGCCCUGCAAAUCCCCUGGAAGCUCCACACUCCAUGGCGACCACAGGCCAGUGGGGUGGUGGAACGCACAAAUCAGACACUUAAGCGGCACCUCUCAAAGGUCUGCCAAGAGGCUUCCCUUAAGUGGCCUGAUGCUCUACCCCUUGUUUUGCUCCGUAUUCGUGCUCUCCCAAAGGGCAGGGUAGGACUCAGUCCCUUCGAGAUUAUGUUUGGAAGGGCAUGGCCUAUGAAUGGUACACCGGUUCUGGCAGGGGAGUGGGAGAUAGGUUAUGGUUUCUUAUCUCAGUACAUGUGCUCUCUGUCUGCGUCCAAACGUUUUUUCCCCCCUUGGCAAAUGUUGAUUUUCAUUGAUAAAGUGAAAGCCAAUCUCAGCUUUCAUCUUGUGAAUGAAGAUGAAACAUUCAUAAGCAGGACCUUCCUGGUGAGCGCCCAGAGCUGA